AUGGUGCCACGAAUACCCGGCACCUUGCGGGGACUCUCCACAUCUGCAAAGGUGCAUCUCCAGCAUGUGUUGUACUUUGGCGAUGUGUUGGGGUACAACUCUGUGCAGCGCUUCGCCAAGCUCCCUCGCGCAUGGAUCGACGCCGUCGGUGCAUCGGCCGACAUCGACCAUGGUGUUGCAUUCACCCAUGCGGCCGGGUCACCCACACACUCGAUGCUAUCCUACACGCUCCUCGACACUUCACUCAAUCCGGGGCCUCGACGACAAGCGACACUUGACCCAACAACCAACGCAGCGGCAGAGGAGGCAGUGGAGGAGGGGGAGGUGAUUGGGGAGGAACCAAGACGCAGGAUUGCGCAGAGCAAGGUGUUUGCACUCGGACGCAACACGCAUGCGCAACUAGGGCUGGGAUUCGCAUCACAGGAGGCUACGCGUGGCAUGGUGACCGGCGACAUUGCCGGCAAAGGCGGGAUCACCCACGUUGCGGCCGGAACGGGGUUCAGCUUUGUUGUCGCCGCUGAUGAAGGCGAGUCGAACGUGUACGGAUUUGGAAACGACACGCUUGGUCAACUGGGCUCUUGUACCCAAAUGGAGGAGCGAAGGACGGAUGCAUACGAUGUAUCAACGCGACUCGAGGCGUCGGAUGCGCCGCAGCUGCGGUUACUUCCACUGCCCAAACGAAUCCCACUCGAUGGGUGGAGCGUCCGCAGCAUUGCCACCGGUAUCGACCACACCCUCCUCCUAGUCGAACGCAACGUCGCCGGACACCUUGUCCAGGAAGUCCUCAGCACAGGUCUCAACACUGAUGGUCAACUUGGCGUUACACCCGCCGACCGCGCGGAUGCGGUUCCUAUCCAACCGCUCAUCUCACGCACCUUCACCCGCGUGCCCCUCUCGCUUCCCGCGGAGGAGAUGGUGGCGGUGGUUUGUGGGGCCGAUACGUCCUACGUCCUACUGCGCAACGGCGACUUGUACGCAUGGGGCAACUCGGAAUACGCCCAAACACUCGCUGGCACUCACGAUCGCAUCACCCACCCCACGCACAUCUCUAACCCUCUUAUCGACGCAUACACCUCCGCCGACCUUCCCUUCAACGCCCAUGCCCCACCUAAGGUAAAGAAGAUCGUGGCGGGGGGAUCGUUUGCGGUGCUACUUGACACGCACCACCGCGUUUGGACAGUCGGCUACGGUGUAGGCAACCUCACCUCUGCGGAAAAGCUGACUUUGGUGGAAGGGUUGCCACAGGGGAGGGUGGAGGAUAUCUGGGCUGGGCUGGAGUACGUUCUAGCCACCACGCGCGAAGAAGAUGGUCAACUCAAGGUGUGGGUGUGGGGGGUUUUGCCGCGCAGUAUUGCGACUGUACCAGUGACGACGCCAAUGCAGGUCCCCUUUGCGGUGCCAAAGUCCCCCAGGCAGCAGUAUCUCGAUGAAAACCCGACCCUCAAGAAUGGCAGCGAAGAGGAAAUGGAUGGCGGAAAGGUCGGGGUCAUAGCGGCUGCGUGCACUAGAGAUCACGUCAUUGUGGUGAUGGACGAUGGUAUGGGUGAGGAUGUUUGGGCAGAGUGCCACCUCGUUCCAGCCCAGCACAUACGUACGAUCAACCCGCGAGAAGGGAACAAACCUCCUGUAACGUCCAUCAUCUCCCUCGCCAUCCAGCAACAGCAUCUCGUUCGAUUCAUCAAUCCAGCAUCCCGCUCGCCUUUCCCGUUCCUGCUCGCCACGCAGCUCCAACGUGAUGCCGUGGAGUCCACCAUGCCGCUCGCCGUUCAUCGAUGCCGCUCGCCAAACAGAUCCAAAUAUGAUGUCGUUCAGUCCAGCAUCCCGCUCGCAAGCCAGCACCUCGUUUAA